AUGCCACCAAAGAGAAAAGCCACAGAAAAUGUUACUUCAAAUAAAAAAAAAUCAAAGGUUUUGGAACCAACAAAGAAAUCUAAAACAUCUAUUAAAGUUUUGUCCAAGAAAUUGAAUUACUCAUUAUGCAUCCCAACCACAAUAUUAGCAAACUGUACCAAUUUAGAACAGAUUACACAUGUAGUCUACCAAAUAGCAAAAGCAGCCACGAUAUUUAAUGCAGGUGAAAUAGUCAUAUUGGAUAUGGGUGACAGAAAGGAAACCAAAAUAACUGAAGAGAAAGAGGAGAAGAAGAAGAAGAAGACAGACGCAAGAUUAUCAGAUUCUAUGCUUAUUGCAUCAUUAUUACAAUAUUUUGUUACACCUCCAUAUUUGGUGAGUACUGUGUUUAAGAAACAAUUCAUGAAAUAUUUUACUGUGGCAUCCAAGCUGCCUAGAUUAUCAGCAUUACCAUUCAUGAGAUAUCUUAAUGAAGACAAUGGUCGUUAUAGAGAAGGUUUAGCAAUUAGAAUGACGAAACCGGGCUCUAAUAGUAAUUCUAAGAAAGAAUUCAAACAGACUAAAUAUAUUAACAUUGGGAAAGAGAAGAACCUGGAAUUGAAAAAACAAUUGGUGCCAGUCAAUGUUAGAGUCACUGUGGAUACCAUUGAAAAUCGUGUUGUUUCACCAGAAGAAGCAUAUGGAGAUUACGUUGGAGCGCAGGCCUCAUAUGGCUACCAUGUAAGAAUUGCUAAAACAUUUGGUGACAUAUUUACUCAAUGUGCAUUCCCAAGUGGUUAUUCACAGACAGUAUGGGUUAAUAGUGGUGAUUAUUAUUAUGAUGAAAAAUUGAAAAAGUAUUCGAAGGUGGAAUCUAAGAUUCCUGGAAUCACAAAAAUUGUUACUGGGGGAGAAAUAAGGAAAGCUGAUGAUGGACAGGAAGAGCCAGUGGAUGCCACAAAUUUGCUAAUAGUAUAUGGAAAAUGGGAUCAUAUUAAACGCAGCUUUCAGGAAUCAAAAGAACAAUUCGAAGGCUGUGAAGGUGCUCAUGAAUUUUUUGAUGGCCAAUUUGAACUUCCUGGUACAGCUCCAGCAGGAAAUAUUUCCAUCCAAGAUAGUUGUAUGAUCUCACUGGCAACUAUUCCAACUCUCCUUUAA